AAAACGGAACGGAAGUGGGUUCGGAGGCUCUCUUUCCGUCGCGGAGGGCAUUUGCUGGCAGCCUUUGCGACGACUCCCCUACGGCAGCUGCGUCCGCGUGGCUGUGGUGUGGGGACACCCUGAAAGCAAAGCGGCUGGGCGCCUGGAAGUCGUCCUCCUCAGCUAGUCCAUGCCGGGUUGGAGGCUGCUGACGCAGGUCGGCGCCCAGGUGUUGGGUCGAGUCGGGGACGGCCUGGGUGCUGCUCUGGGCCCGGGGAACAGAACACACCUCUGGCUUUUUGUUAGAAGUCUUCAUGGAAAGAGUGUUACUUGGUGGGAUGAGCAUCUUUCUGAAGAAAAUGUCCCAUUCAUUAAGCAGUUGGUCUCUGAUGAAGAUAAAGCCCAGUUAGCAAGUAAACUGUGUCCUCUGAAAGAUGAACCAUGGCCUAUACAUCCUUGGGAACCAGGUUCCUCUAGAGUUGGCCUUGUUGCCGUGAAGCUGGGCAUGAUGCCUUUGUGGACUAAGGAUGGUCAGAGGCACGUGGUCACGUUACUUCAGGUACGAGACUGUCAUGUCCUAAAAUAUAUUUCAAAGGAAAACCAUGAUGGAAAAAUGGCAGCUCUGUCUGUCGGAGGAAAAACUGUAUCACGUUUUCAUAAAUCUACACAGAUAUUGGAAUUUUACCGAGAACUUGGAUUGCCGCCAAAACAGAAAGUUAAAAUCUUUCGUAUAACAGAUAAUGCUGCACUUAAACCAGGCACUCCUCUCUAUGCUGCUCAUUUUCGUCCUGGACAGUAUGUGGACGUCACAGCCAAAACCAUUGGUAAAGGUUUUCAAGGUGUCAUGAAAAGAUGGGGAUUUAAAGGCCAACCUGCUACACAUGGUCAGACGAAAACCCACAGAAGACCUGGAGCUAUUUCAACUGGUGAUGUUGCCAGAGUCUGGCCUGGAACUAAAUUGCCUGGACAAAUGGGAAACAUAGAUAGGACAGUACAUGGACUAAAAGUGUGGAGAAUAAACACAAAGCACAACAUAAUCUAUGUAAAUGGCUCUGUACCUGGACAUAAAAAUUGCUUAGUAAAGGUCAGAGAUUCUAAACUGCCUGCCUAUAAGGAUCUCUGUAAAAAUCUACCAUUCCCUACAUAUUUUCCUGAUGCAGACGAAGAGGAACUACCAGAAGAUUUGUAUGAUGAAAAUGUGUAUCAGCCCAGUGAACCUUCUAUUACAUUUGCCUAACAUCACUGGCUGUGGCAGAACCUUACACAUUCUCUGAGCUUUGAAGAGCUGGAGUGAUAUUAUAACCACCAGAAAUCAUACUCUCCUUAGUCACAACAAAAUCACACUUGUCAUCUUUGUCAAGGGCAUAAAUGUAUCCUUCAUACCCCCAUUACAUUUUGUUAAAAAAAUUACCACAUUAAACAUAUGAGUUAAGUUGA